AAAAUUAGCACAUUCGUCAGAUGGACAGCUGGUCCUGGUGAAAGAUUGGAUCCAGUCUUUGUGCUUGAUAGUGCUCCCACCCUUCCUUUUAAAUACUCAGACUUGGGGAUUGAUCAGAUGGUCAGCAUGAUGUCAAACUGUCCAUGAUACUAACUUGCUAAGGAAUUUUUGAUAUUAUAAAUAGUGUUGUCAGGGAAAGGCGAUCAAUUAACAUGUCAUUCAAUGAAAACAGGAAGUGUAGCAGUGGCUGUACAUCAAGCAGUGUGACUCAAUCUUCCCACAUAUGAUCAAUGAUGAGGUACAAUCACAUACAUAUGACAACAGUGAUUCAUUGUCAUAGUACCACUAGCUGGCAACAGGAACUAAACGUUUUAAUACUAUUAGAGGAAUCAUCAAAAUCAAGUCAAAUUUGACUUCAAACAAUUCCAGAUGCAAUCAGGAAGUGUGGCAUAAAUCCAAAGUACUUAUGCAAACAUCAUGCAAACUGGUUUAAACUUCACAUGUAUUUUAAAUGAUCAGGCACAGUCAUAUAGACAUGUCUAUGGUAAUUUAUUGUCAAAGCAUUAUUAACUGGCAACAGAAAGUGAGGUUUAUAAACAAGUCUUUUUGAUAGGUCUCUAACAGGGUUCAUCAGAGUCAUAGUACAUAUGAUCAGAAUGAUAUCAGAAUAUCCAUUACAUUAAAUAGGGACGUUAACUUUGGCCUGUGAUGCAAUAAAUGUCAUGACACGCAAAUAAAAAGUAUUGCAUAAUUCCCCUGUAGGUUGUACAAUGUGACCCAAAGUUGACAUAUUCAAUGUUGGGUUUAAUCGCAUGAACAUGCCAAUAGUGCUUCAUUGUCAUAGCGCCACCAGCUGGCAACAGGAAGCAUGACUUAUAAACUAAUCAUGUUAAUAAGCCCCUUAGUGGGUUACUCAGGUUCAUACCAAACUUGGUCAACAUGAUGUCAGGAUGUACAUGAUGCAAAAGUGCACAGGUAAUGCUGAUCUACUGAAUGGUGUUGCCAUGGUGAGGCAAUAAAUUUAUUUGAUUAACUCAAAUUAAUUGUGAUGAUGCUCAAACAGAAAGUGUGGUAUACAUUCCACUGUAGGUCAUGUGAUUGAGCUCAAAUUUUACACGUAGAGUGUGAUGAAAAUGCUUGCAUUCUUUUCUAAUUGAAUACAACAAUUUUUUGUUAAAUUAUAUUAUUGACAACAACUUGAGUGAAACUCUUAGAAAUAUCUACAUGAAAUUCAGAGUUUCUUUAUAUUUGGUAUGUCCCCUUUUUUGCUUUAAUGACAGUGUGCACUCGAGCUGAUAUGGACUCCAUAAGUUUGUGCAAAACCUUAUGAUCCAUUUUUGAUCAAAUCCAUUGGAGUGUCUUCUCGCUUCAAUAGAAGUGAGUAGGUAUGAGGAAAAUCUGGCCUUAACAGUUAACAUGGUCAAUAUCACAAAUUAAAUUUAAAUAAGGACCUAGAAAUAGUGCAGAAUAUUGAAGAUUAAAUAUUCAAAAUAUUGAAUAUUAACUUUCUGUGUUUUAAAUAUUUCAAAAUUCUAAAACCUUCUGUUUAUUUUCAAUUUUAAUUGAAAACAUUUCAGAAAAUGUUUUAUGUGGUCUCAGACUUUUGGACCCCACUGUGUGUCCAGUGAUGUGACAUAAUAACAUCCAAUACUGGCUCAUGAAACACUGCUGCACCCUUGUUGCCUGGGCCCACCAAUUGCUGCUUGUUUCAUUAAUGUUUCUAUAGUAAUAACUAUUUCACAGGGACUUGUAUUGUGUCCAUUCCACAUAAUCUAACAGUAAACAGACUGAUUUUUUUAAGUCAAGAAAAAAACAUAAUUGUUGAUAUGAUGAAGCUUUCAGCUACACUCAGAAGCAAAGCUGUUCCUUUAGAUUUUCUGAUCGAUUUUAUGAUGAUUUUUCUGAUCGAUUGUAUAUGAAAGUCUAAAGAGGGUGUGAUGUGGUUUCUCACUAACAAGGGGUCUACAUUUUUUACUUCAAGAAAAAUUAAGGAUAACAACUGUUUACUGCUGUAACCACAGGAAACUUGCUUCACAGAAGUUCCAAUACAACUGAUAAAAGGAAAAAAAAAAAGUAUGACAUAUCAGUGUUCACUAAAUUACCAAUUACAAUCAUUGACAAAAUGAUAUGAAAUAAACACAUUGGGGAGUGGUGUUAUAGGAAAAUAUUGAACUUUGAGGUGGUAACAGUAACUCCAGUCGGAUUUCCUACUUAAUACUAGCUAGCAUUUGAACAGAACAGAUAACUUAUCUUCAAAAAUGUCAUUGUAACUUAAUAUCUUUAACGCCUUUUCUUUCUUGCGUGAAGAAGCCACGGUACAUGCCUACACAACGUGGUGGCCAUCGUUAUUUAAGGGAGGUCUUGCAAACAAUGUGUAUGCAGAGCCAUUGUGAAAAAAAUCAGUGUUCUUUGCUAACAGGAAAUGAAAUUUCUAAUAAAGGUGAAUAUGGAGGUGUUGUAUGGACAGAGACUAUUGUCCUUUAGUAGUCACAACUGAGUUGUUUUUUUCUUACUUGUUAUGGAUAAAAAAAUAAUUAAAAAAAAAACGAUAGUAUACAGGUGAAGAGAGGUGACUUUAAAAAAAAAGUCUAUUUUAUUUAUAUGUAUAUCACUUUUUAGAAUGGACAUUAUCUCAAAGCAGCUUUACAGAAACAUGUAAUUACAGGAUACAGAUUUUAAAAGCGUGAAUUUAUCUCAUCCAUGAAACCAUGAAGGACAGAAAUGGGACAGGCUCCAUUUUAAGUCAGGAAAAUAGUGCCUUAUCCCUGUGUCUGUGCUAAGAGGCAGUUAUGCAUGCUUGUUGUUGGACCGAAAUGGGUUUGAAAAUCCCACUGCCCACAGACAGAUUUUUAUGAGUCUAAUAUGUCUAUAUGUCAUAUAAUAAUGGUCAUCAUUCUAUUUUAUUAUAAAAAAGCAACCUGUAAUCUGUUUAUAUUUUGAAUACGAGUAAUUAAGAGUGUGAAAAUGUAAGAAAGAAAGAAAGAAAGCCAGGAAAUAAAAUAUUUUUUUAAAGACUAAAAGAAAGAAAGAAAAUCCACUACAUUAGUCAGAUGUCUAGCCCUUGGCUUUUUGCCAAGCUCCUCUUAGCGUUAGUUUAGAGAGCACACACAUCCUCAUUCUCUCACACAGCAUGGAGAAACUGAGCAAGAUCACUGUUCCGGCCAGUGAGAAACUCCGGCAAAUCCAAAAAAUAGUUCAGGACAUCAAAAAGAACGACGACAGCAUUUUCAACCGAUUAAAACGGUUCCAAACUGAGCAAACAGCCAAUAUUCUCAAAACUGGCAGAAAUACAAUAGACAGACUAAAAAACAAAGGACCUCCAAAAGUACCUGCUCGAGACUACCCUGGUGAAAACCAGGACUCUGAAGAGUCAUCUGAUUCAGAAUUUGACAAUGACCUGUAUGAGGAACCACAGGGUGAUUACAACUAUGAGCCUCCCCCUAGUGAGAAAGUCUUCACUCCUCCCCGAUCGGUCAACUACACUGGAGGAGAAUACCUAGACACACGUCCUGGUCGAAAAACACAAACUAAACCGAUGAAGCCCUUCCUACCGAUCAAACCUCCAAUUCCAGAGAAGCCUAAGCAACCAGCAAAGUAUGACGAUGACUAUAUUCAUCCUGAAGACGAUACAGACGAUAACUAUAUUGACCCUUCUGAUAAAGAUCACCAAGGAAUGCAAUCAGCACGCUCAUACAGUCCAGAUGUCUAUGAAGUUCCUGACCAGGACAAUUCUCCAUCCAUCAGCAGGUGCAGCCAAAAGCUACAACCCCCUGCACUACAGCUGCCCCCUAAGCCAAGUCCCAGAAUUAAUAUUAAGAAGCCAGCUGUCUGUCCAGAGUCAGAGGAUGAGGAUGACUAUGAAAUGUGUAUUGAUGAUGGCAGUUUGACAGAAGAGCAGGAGAAGAAGCCUGUCGAAAACAAACGGCCAUCUAUCCCUGUCCCCCUGCCAAGAGAAGUGAAGAAUCCAAAACCCCUACCUUUCCAGAAACCAAGCAUUCCAUCUAGAGACCACGAAGCUCGGGAUCCCGCUCCCACUGUGGUCUCUCCACCCACUACAGGAUUUCAUCUUGUAAACAGGUCUCUGCAGCGUGACAACCACUGCCAGAAGUCUCCACCAGGGAGAGGAAGCUUAUCUCAGGAGGACAGUGCCACUAGGCAGCAAGAGGAGGAGGCUGGUGUGUAUAAGAAGCCGUGGUAUGCCAGUAUCUGUGACCGCAAAACAGCAGAGGAAGCACUCAUCCGUUCAGCCAAGGAUGGUUCUUACCUGGUGAGGAAGAGCUCAGGUGUGGAUGCCCUUCAGCCCUACACUUUAGUUGUAUUCUACAAUGGACGGGUUUACAACAUCCCGGUGCGCUAUAUUCCCACCACAAAGCAGUACGCCCUGGGCAAGCAGAAGAACAGAGAGGAGCGCUUCAACACGGUCUCUGAAAUCAUCGAGAACCACCAAAAGAACACACUUGUAUUGGUGGACAUGCAAAGCAACACAAAAGAUAGCACUAAUCUGAGGCACGCUGUAAAGCCGUGACUCGAUUCCACUGCGACGGCUCAGCAGCACACAACUUCCUGCACUGUCACGAUCCACCAGAACAUCUAGGAACAAACCGUCUGGUGAAGACAGCAAAAAAAUGUGCCAUUUUUGCUGGCAUGCUAUGGGAUAAUAAUAAAUUAUUAGAUAAAUAAUACUGAUCAAAAUGUUGCUCAUACUGACAACUGGCUUGUAAAAGUGUGUAAAGUAUUCGUACAUAAGCUGUAUUUAAUGCACUCAGAUAGUGUAUUUUUCUUAAACUCAAUACAAGACAAUUUAUUCAAAUAUUUUGAACCAUCUGAAACAUUUAAUUAUAAUCACUGAGACACAAGAUGAAAGUGGAAACUGAAUUACUUUAUUUCUAGUGUACACAUACAUUUCAAGUUAUGGGCAAUCCAAGUUUGAACACUUCUCAAAUUUCUGGUUUGUAAACAUACAUUGGUACUCAAACGAAACAGCGUUUCAGUGUCACAUUUCUUUAUCAUAUAUCUGAAACUGCGUGACGUCUCCACACAGCACACAUCACAAGACGUAACAGAGUCUUAAGGGAAGGCACUUGUUUAUGUAGUACAUGACUUAGGAAUAUUUUUCUUUUCUUUCGUUUUUUUUUUUUACAUUUUUACAAGUUUUUAAAUAAAACAUAAUAAUAAUAAUAAUAAUAAUAAUAAUAAUAAUAAUAAUAAUAAUAAUAAUAAUAAUAAUAAAGGGAAAAAAACAGGCUUGUGUCAUAUAAAAGAGGUAUGAAUGGAAGUGGGACCUGACUUGGGCUGGACCGUGGAAUGCAAGCUGAAGUGAUUGCAUUAUUUAAAUAUUAUAAUGUAAAUAUUUAUGGCAUUUUUGGCAGAGACCUUUAUCCAGAGCAACUUACAUUUAUCUCAUUUAUACAACUGAGCAACUGAGGAUUAAGGGCCUUGCCCAAGGGCCCGACAGUGGUAGCCUGGCAGUGCUGGGGCUUGAACUCCUGACCUUCUGAUCAGUAACCCAGAGCCUUUAACCAAUGAGCUGCCACUGCCCCAGUGCUACAAUUAAUAACCACUCCAUCACAAACUGUCCCGUCAGUCCAUUAAUAAUAUAACUAGAAGUAACAAAAUUUGUCUCUUGUUGCAACACUUUCAGAGAUGAAUAAAUACAACAAAAAUGUUUCACAAAUAAGAGAUGUACACAGAUCACUCCUUCAAUAGAAAUAUACAAAUGGAGUUGAAAUAGACUUCAGUCAAUGAGAACACUGAUGCUGCUACAAAUCAGGAAUGAUGAAAUCUUUCUAACUGCAGCGUCCUGAAUUCAGUUGAACCGCUAUUGCAUGUGGACAUAAAAGACAAUGAUAACAUUAUAGAGAAAUGCUGUAGUCGCUAAAUAUCACAAUUCCAGAGUCUUUGUCAAAUUUGAUUGCGAUCUCACAGCAAAAUGUACAUCUGUUCAGGUUACAUAACAAAUAGCAAAGACCUCAAAUGCAGUUGUGUUUGUCCAAAUGAAUAAAUAAUUCUGUCUUUGUAAA